AUGACUCUCAUUCUACCGGUAAAACAUAUAAAACAAGAAUCAAAUUGGGAUUGUGGUGUAACAUGUUUACGAAUGUUGAUUAAUUAUUAUCAUCUUGAUUUAACAUCAUUUGAACAUUUAUUAUCAUCUUAUGAAUGCAAUCAAAGUACAUGGUCUAUUGAUUUAUUACAUUUACUUCAUCAAUCCAGUAUUCAUGCUAUUUUAUAUACAAUAACAAUAGGUUGUUCAUCAGCAUAUGAUAAUACACCAUAUUAUGAAACAUUAAUUUGUAAAGAUCGAGAAAGAGUUGAUAAAUUAUUUGUUAGUGAAGCAUCAAAUGUUAAAAUAGGUUCAAUAAAUUGGUUGGAUUUAAAAAACCAUUUAAUUGAACAACGAAUACCUUUUCUAGUUUUAAUUGAUGCUAAUAAACUUAAAUGUGAUACAUGUAAAACAACAGUUUUUGAACGGUUAGCUAAUAAAUUUAUUUCACCGAUAUCAUCAUAUCAAGGCCACUAUAUACUUGUUAUUGGUUAUAUAACAAAUGAAAGUAAUGAUUUUAUUCGUUAUGUUGAUCCAGCUAAAAAUGAUGGAUUUUGUACAACAACAAAAGAAAAUUUUGAUCUAGCACGAAAAACAUUUGGAACCGAUGAAGAUCUUAUUCUUUGUUAUAAAAAAAGAUAA